AUGGAAAACAUGGCAUCGAGGCUCAAGAAUGCCCCUUAUUUUCUAUGUGAGAAGGGGAACAAUUCUGUCCCCGUGUGCCAGAAGUGUGAGACGUGUGUCCUGGCCUGGAAGAUCUUCUCCACCAAAGAGUGGUUCCGAAGGGUGGGCAAGAUGUCCCAGAGGAGGUUUCUGGUCAGCAUCCUGCAGCAGCUGGAUAGCUUGCAUUUGUUACACUAUUUUCAAAAUAUCCUUCAGACCACGCAGGGGAAGGAUUUUGUCUACCACAGGUCCCGGGUCAACCUCAGCAAGAAGGAGGGGAAAAUCAUCAAGUCCUCCUUGAACCAAAUGCUGGACAAGAUGGUGGAACAGAAGAUGAGGGAGAUUUUGUACUGGUUUGGGAACAGCAGCUACCGGACGAAGACGAAUUACACACUCUUGCUGCUGCAGAUGUGCGACCCCGAGUUACUGCUCACUGCUGUUGAUGUCAUCAGAGUCCUGUUUCUGAGAGGGCGGAACGAUGCCUCAGGGAACGACCCAGACUCCAAGGAUGUGCUUUUCGUCCCUGAGAAAGGCCACACGCCCCCGUGCGAGACCUCACAAGUCUGCUGGGCAGCCAGACCCGGGCACACAUCCUUCCCGUUCUCCAAAACUACAGGAAAAGCAAGCUUGCACGAAAAUGUGUCGUGGGGAGCAGCCACUACUGGAAACUCCAGACACCAUGCCAUCUCACCAGCAGGGCAGUUUGGAUGCCACAGACAUCGACUUGAGCUGGGAACGUUGAAAACUGCUGAAGGACAGUGGAAGAGUUCACUCCAGUAUAUUUCCGAGAUGAAUAGGCUGUCUUCUGAAAAAGCAAGCGUGUUCAAAGCAGGCUUGGCCCCCGCCGCCGAUGUGCUGGUGGAUCUGGAGGCCGUCAGAGAGCUGUCUUCUGGGGUCAGCACAUACCGCGACUUCAUCCGUCACCUGCCGGUCCAUCUCUCCAAGUAUAUCCUCGGUAUGCUGGAUAAGAACAGCCUGAACAGGUGUGUGUUCGUGAGCCAGCACUGGGCAGUGCUGGCUCAGCAGGUCAGGACCGACCUGUCCAUGCAGUCUUUCAUCCAGCACCAGAUCACCGUACUGCAGGGGUCCUACACCAGGGGAAUAGACCCUACUUACGCCAACAAGGUUACUAUCCCAGUUCCUAAGAUGGCGGAUGACGGGAAGCACCUAUGCGUGAAAAAUCCGAAACGGAAACUGAGAACGAAGAAUGACUACAACCUGUGGACCGCAUACCAGAACCAGGAAACUCAGCAGGUGCAGAUGGAGGAGAGGAAUGUCUUCUGUGGCACUUAUAACGUCCGCAUUCUCUCUGACGUGUGGGACCGAAACAGAGUCGUCCACUAUUCUGGGGGACAUUUGUUAGCUGUGUCAUCCAAUCGGAAGAUCCAGCUUCUGGACAUCGUACAGAUAAAACAGAUACCCGUCAAGUUCCGAGGCCACACUGGGAGUGUCCGUACCCUCUUCUUGUGUGAGGAGGAAAACUUUCUCCUGAGCGGGAGUUACGACCUGAGUAUCAGAUACUGGGAUCUGAAGAGUGGGGCUUGCAAACGCAUCUUCAAUGGCCACCAGGGGACUAUCAGUUGCAUGGAUGUGUGGAAGAACAAGCUCGCAUCUGGAGCAAGAGAUUGCCAGGUAAAAGAGUGGGAUAUAGAGACAGGAAAGUGCCUGAAGACCUUUAAACACAAAAACCCCAUCCUGGCCACCAGGAUCAAUGACACGUACAUCGUGAGCAGCUGUGAGAAAGGGCUGGUCAAAGUGUGGCACGUCGUCACAGCCCAGCUGGUAAAGACACUCAACGGCCAUGAGGGAGCUGUGAAGUGUCUGUGCUUCGACCAGUGGCAUCUCCUGUCGGGAAGCGCUGACGGCCUGGUGAUGGCCUGGAGCAUGGUGGGAAAGUACGAGCGGUGCCUCAUGGCCUUCAAGCAUCCGAAGGAGGUUCUCCACGUGGCCCUUCUCUUCCUCCGGGUCAUCAGUGCCUGUGCAGAUGGCAAGAUCCGCAUUUACAAUUUCCUAAAUGGGAACUGUCUGAAGGUGAUGAAAGCCAAUGGCAGAGGUUAUCCUGUGCUGUCCUUCUUUAUUCAGGGCAACAGGAUGGUGAUCAACACGGAGAGCAACAUCCUCAUGUUCCAGUUCGAGAAUAUCAAGUGGCAGUACUCCCUGGAACGGGCCAAACAAAAGAAGAAGGACAAAGAGGAUGACAGGGAAGAAAACGGCCUCGCAGAAGUUCUCUCCAAGUCGAGCACUCAGAUUCACAGCCCUCAGGAAUCCAUAUGUAGCAAACACACGGCCCAGGAGUCCCUGUUCAGCAAAUCUCACAGGUCCCCAGUUCUCCUGAGGGCAUCCAGGUUACCUACAGGAGUGUUAACGGAGGCACCUCGAAGUCAAGGAAAGCCAAAGUCACCCCGAAGAGAUGGCAGGAAGAGACCGACUUCUAGGGAAGCAAAUGGCACCGAGCAAGAGAGUUUGGAAGCAAAACCCCUCGCCGGAGAUAAGAAGAGCGCAGAUGAUGUGGAGAAAAUACCAAAACAAGGACAACUGGGAACUUUGGGAGACUUGAUCAGUUGCUCAAAGAAGAAGUCCUGGUGCAUCCCUAUGUCACCUGACCAGUUCCUCCUGACUGUGAAUGCCCUGCAGAAAGCCCAUAAUUCUGGGGAGUUUGCCUAUCCCCGGAGGCCCCAAACCCAGGUCAUCGAUGCCUGGGGACCUACCAUUUCAUACCCAAGGAAGGUCCUGAGUUUGAAGGGACGAUCGGUCCAACAUGCAGUCGAUCGGUUGAGAUUGAGCAACCCUCCCAUAGACGUGAAACAAACCAGUAUUCCCCUUGAAAUCCAGAAGCUUCAGCUUAACCUGAAGAACUCUGUGCACAGCCCCAGAGUCCAGUCUGCCAUCCCCCAGCCGGUGCUUAUCUGCCCCAGGUUCUCUGGCAGCUUAAAGGCUGAAGACCUGCCAACCAGUUCAACUGAUGGGGCAGUGCGCAGCUUCAGCCCCUUAACCAGCACACAGGUCAUCCAACCAAACCACGUGCUGGCUCCACCGAUGGGCACGACGGCCCAGGCUGCCAAGAGAGAUUGGCCCCGCUUCUACACGGCCCUCGACCCCUUCAGAGUGAACACGGAGUUCAUGCUGCUGACUGUGAAGGAGGAGAAAGAGUACGAGGAGGCCAAGAUGAAGGAGUUUCAGGCCAUAAAGCCGGCUGGAGGGGUUGAUCCGGAAAAAGCCAGCAGAGCUGCCUGGGUCAGGAAGAUCAAAGGCCUGCCCAUUGAUAAUUUCAUGAAGCAAGGAAAAACAGCAGCCCCUGAACUUGGGCAAAACGUAUUUAUCUGAACCAGCCUUGGGAAAUUACAGCGUUUUAUAAUAAACAAAAAACCAAGUGGA